AUGGGCACUGAGAGAUCAUCAAGUGCUGUGCGUUGCGAACCAAAACAACGCAUUGUGUUCGUCAAGACGCACAAAACUGGCAGCUCCACCGUCACCACCAUGCUACAGCGCUACGGGUACAAAAACAACCUCAACUUUGCCUUACCGACCAAAAGACACGUCUUCUACGAGUUUGUCAAGUUUCAAGCCUCACGUGUGUUUCAGUAUGAUCUCAAGGACGCCAAGGGUAACUUGGUAUGGCCAGCUUUGGGAGGCUUCCACAUUCUAGCGAACCACGCACGAUAUAAUCGAUCUGAACAGGAUGCCCUGAUUCCUAACGCCUUUUACUUCACCAUCAUCAGAGAGCCUGCUUCGCAGUUUGAAUCCGCCUUCAACUUCUACCAUAUGGACAAACGCAUGCCUAAGCAUGCCAUGACAGACAUGUUCCAGAUACCCCCGAAAUGGUUUUCGACCAAGGUAAAGCACUUUUUCCCUUUCAUGAGGAACGGACAGAUGUUUGAUCUGGGGUUGGACCAGGAAACUCAAGAUAAUAAAACCGUUGGUGAAACGUUCGAAGCACUAAGUCAUGAAAUGGACUUGGUCAUGAUUACAGAAUACUUUGACGAGUCUUUGAUUCUUCUCAAGGAGAUGCUGUGCUGGGAUUUUGACGACAUCACCUACGUUUCACAACUCGUCAGGAAGUCCUCCGCUCGGAAAAACCUCUCUAGUGACCUAAUGGAGAAGAUCUACAAGUUGAACCACGCUGACGUGAAACUCUACCGGCAUUUUAACAGGACCCUGUGGGACAAAAUCCACGCUUACGGGCCCGGCUUCCAGGAUGAUUUGGAAACAUUUCGGCAAAUAAAUGCUGCCGUUAACGAACAAUGUCUCACCAAUGCAACCAUGUCCUUUACCCGGUCACAAAAGCUAAGUCAAUACGCCCUCCCACAAAAUGCUAGUGAGAAGUGUCGAGAUUAUAUCAGAUUGGAUCAAAGAUGGGUACCCAUGCUAAGAGAUUACAUGGCUAGAAAGAGCAGUGCUUUCAUGAAUAAUGAUCUACAGCGAAACCGUUUGAGUAAAAACGUAACAGUAGGAUUUAACAACAUCAAAUAA